AUGUCCUCUCCCAAGAAAGUCGGCGGCGAGGUUGGCGAAGUGCGCGCAAAUAUCGACGGGGACAAGUUGAAUGCGUACCUCAAAACGCAUGUCCCCGCCGUCGCGACCCCGGUAACCAUCAAGCAAUUCAAGUUUGGCCAGUCGAACCCGACCUACUUCCUCACCGAUGCCAACUCCCAACGAUUCGUUCUCCGCAAGAAGCCCGCAGGGCAGCUUCUCUCCAAGACUGCGCACCAAGUUGAGCGCGAAUACACCAUGCUUCGCGCCCUGCACGUGCACAACACCAACCGCUCCACCCCGCCGGAGAAGCGGGUGCCCAUCCCAGAGCCCAUCGUCCUGUGCGAGGACGUAGCGGUGAUUGGGACGCCCUUCUACAUCAUGGAGUUCUUGGACGGGAGGAUUUUCACGGACCCACGGAUGCCGGAGGUCCCUGCACAGGCUAGGCGCGAAUGCUGGCUUGAUGCGGCGCGUGUCCUCGCGAAGCUCUCCCUCCUAUCCCCUUCCUCACUCGGGCUGUCCUCUUUCGCGUCCCCCAAGCCGUACUUCCCGCGGCAGAUCAAGUCCCUUUCUGCGGUCUCCUCUGCGCAGGCGCAAGCGGUUGAUGUCGACACUGGCAAGCGGACGGGCGACAUACCGCGCUUCGAAGAGAUAGUUGCGUGGUACCAGAGCCAUCUCCCUGACGAGAGCAAGACCGGCUCACGAAUUGUCCACGGAGACUACAAGCUGGACAAUCUGGUCUUCCAUCCAACGGAGAACCGCGUGAUUGGCAUAUUGGAUUGGGAAUUGUGCACGUUGGGGAGCCCGCUCGCCGACCUCGCCAACUUCACGCAGCCAUGGGCCAUCUCACCUGACUCCUUCCCGUCAAACGGCAUUGUCAUGGCUGCGUUCAAGAACAACGUCAAGGAGGCGCCAAUCGAGCUCGAAGCCCUCGAACGCGAGUACUGCCAUAUCUCUGGCCAACCACAUCCCAUCCCGGAGAUGGUGUUCGCUCGCAGCUGGAUGCUGUUCCGUUCCGCGGUCAUUAUGCAAGGGAUCGCCGCGCGAUAUGCCCGCCGACAAGCGAGCUCCGAGCGAGCACAUACCUACGUCGUCGGCUUCCCGUACAUGGGACACCUCGCCCACAAGACGCUCGUCGAGGCCGGAGCCAUGAGCGAGUCCGAGAAGGCGAAGUUGUGA